CAAAAUGGUGCCACGUCAGCCUCACAUCCUGUCGUCACCGCUGAACGGUGAUAACGCAAGGAGGCCAUAGGCCAACAACAAGAAGAAGAAGCUCAGUCAACUCGCUCCCAGCCAAUCCACUGGUCCCUCUCUUAACUGCGUACAGAGACGAACAGACCGGCACCGCUCCGUAACGUUGAUAUAAAUACGCACCACCGGCUUUCCCUCUGCAAUUUUGGGCCACAAACCACCACAAAAUUCACUCUCGUUCAAACCACAAUCGCCACCAGUAGCCAGGCAAGACUUCCCAGCGAAACGAAAAAGAGACAGUCGCCAAUGUCUGCCGCCGCUGCUGCGACCGUGCUGGAGAAUCUGCCUCCUUCGUUGGAUUCCACGGCGGAGCAGCCUCCUCUCUUCGACGGCACUACCAGGCUGUACACGGCUUACAUCUGUCCUUACGCCCAGCGAGUUUGGAUCACCAGGAAUUUCAAGGGAUUGCAAAAUGAGAUAAAGCUAGUCCCCUUGAACCUUCAGGACAGGCCUGCUUGGUAUAAAGAGAAGGUUUAUCCUCCCAAUAAGGUGCCGGCACUUGAACACAAUGGGAAAAUCAUCGGGGAGAGUCUCGACUUGGUUAAGUACUUGGAUGCCAACUUUGAGGGACCUUCUAUUACCCCUGAUGAUCCUGCUAAGAAACAGUUUGCUGAUGAGUUGUUGUCGUACAGCGACACGUUCGUUGGAUCGGUAUUCUCUUCGUUCAAGGGAGAUGUGGCAAACGAAGUUGAUCCAGUUUUUGAUUUCUUGGAAAACUCCCUUUCGAGGUUCAAUGAUGGGCCGUUCUUCCUUGGCCAAUUCAGUCUGGUGGACAUUGCCUACAUCCCAUUCAUUGAAAGAUUCCAGGUUUUCUUAUCUGAAGUGCUCAAGUAUGAUAUUACUGAAGGCAGGCCUAAACUUGCAGCUUUGAUCGAGGAGGCGAACAAACUCGAGGCUUACAAGCCAACGAAAGUUGAUCCAAAACAGACUGUUGAGGCCUUCCGCAAGCGUCUCUCGGCUCAGUAGCGGUUGCCCUGCAUCUUUACAAGGACGAAGCUUCUCUAGGGAGUUCCUGGUCAUGAACGGGGACUUUCUGAGAGCCAUUUGCUGUGCUUGGUGAAUAAAAAGCUGCCACUGAGUUGGUUACUGGUGUGUUGCUAGAAAUGUGCAGUGAGUAAAUGUACACUUGUAUUGUUCAUAUGCUGUAAGAAGGUGGCUGUAUAAUUAUUAACCGUGAAUGAAUUCUUGGAUUUCAUGUCACCUGAAGUUUGGUUGGAGUGGUACUGCCGGGUAUUACCGAACUUAUUCAAUAAAGUAGUGUUCUAGGGUGCUCAUUGUGAUGUCUCCUUGCUUCAGUAAUUGAUUUCAUCCUCACAAUCACAUAUCACAAACGAUCGAUAACUCAAAAUUAUUAACAAAUUUUGGGGAUUAUUGGUAGUUUGGA